AUGUCCUCCGAUGUGCAAAAGUCGGCGCCUUCUGGUGCGCCAGAGCCAGCGGCCUCAAAGGGACGACCGCUUGAAAGCGCCAGUGAUGGAACACGCGACAAUACCGAAGGACCGCCAUCUAAGAGAGUGAAAUUAGACGAUGAAUCGCCAGCUACUACUUCUCCCAAGCCUAAAGAUGGCCCAGAGCGUAGAAAGGGACUGGCGCCAAUAAAAGCAGAAUACAUUAUAACAUUCCCUAAAGACGGAUCCGAUGCACCGGCUAAUAAUAAUUCGGGACGAGAUGACGACGCUGCUGAGGCAGCUGGAUACAAUGACCGAGACGGCGAGGGUAAACAGGGCAAGAAACGCCGCGAAAAGCAAAAGGGCAAAAAUACAAACCGUCGCUUUCAGAGAUCGCAGGAUGAAAAGGGUCUAUGCGGAACCAUUACGCAUAACCCGGAGUUCUCGCCAAAACCGUGCCAGUAUGGUGAUAAUUGCAAGUUCGAGCACAACCUACGCAAGUAUUUGAAGGAGCACAAAAAGGCGGAUCUAACAACUUUUGGCGGCAUUUGUCCCGUCUGGGAUGCCUUCGGUGUCUGCUCUGCAGGAUGGAGGUGUCGGUUUGUUGGGUCGCAUAUGGCUGAGCGAGAACACGAGGACGGAAGGAAAGAGCUGAUUUUAGUUGAAGAUGAAGAGAAGAAAAAGAAGGCCAUAUCAUCUUCAGCGACAACCUCCUCGAUUAAUGCCACAGAAUUGGGGGUUGUGAAUCUGGUAUCAACGGAGAAUAAACAGUUGAUGACAAGGAAGAAGUACCUGACACCCAAGGCGGAUGCGUUCAAUGACUGGAUAACGGUGACGUCCAAGGAGCUGGAAGAGCGGUUCCAUGGGCGAAAUUUCGAAGAGGAGGAAGCUGACGGGAAAGAAACGAACGGCAAGGCAGAGGUAGACGGCAAUGGGGAGACCAAGGCAAAGGAGAGCUCCGAAGAGAAUAGAGCUCGAUAUACAGAACCGCCUUUCCUACCAUCAGAAAAGAGAAGACUUUAUUUUGGACCCGAAACGCCUGUCCUUGCACCAUUGACGACCCAGGGGAACCUGCCGUUUAGGAGGCUGUGUGUUGAGCUAGGCGCCCAGUUUACAUACUCUGAAAUGGCCAUGAGCUUGCCGUUGAUGCAAGGCACCAAGGGAGAAUGGGCGUUGAUGAAGGCCCAUGAAUCUGAGAUUUUACCCCCAACAAUAUCACCCAAGCAACCCGUCGUUAAGGAAUACGAUCACUCUCGCGAUCUCAAAUUUGGAGCCCAGAUUGCAGGAAACAGGCCAUGGCAAGCAUUGAAAGCUACAGAGAUCCUCACCGCUCUCUGUCCCCAUCUCCGUGUCGUUGAUCUCAACUGUGGUUGUCCAAUAGAUCUCGUUUACCGUGACGGAGCCGGCUCUGCACUUCUGGAACAUCCAUCCAAGCUGGAGAAGAUCCUCCGUGGUAUGAAUGCUGUUUCAGGGGAAGUCCCCAUCUCUGCCAAAAUCCGCAUGGGCACAAAGGACAACUACCCCACUGCGCUCAAGCUAGCGGAGCGUCUGGUUAUCGGUGGUUACGAGUCUAACGAACUUGGACAAGGGCCAGCGGGUAUCGGCGCACUCACUCUGCAUGGAAGAAGCCGUCAGCAGCGGUAUACGCGUGAAGCCGACUGGGAGUAUAUAUCCGAAUGCUCAGCGUUGGUCAAACGACUUAAUGCAAAGAGAGAUGAGGUCUCAGAUACCAUCCGGGAGCCAGAUGAAAGACAUCUCCCACCUGGAGGGAAAGUAUACUUUAUUGGAAACGGAGACUGCUACUCACAUGCAGAUUACAAUACUGCUAUUGACAAGUCUGGCGUUGACAGUGUAAUGGUAGCACGAGGUGCGCUAAUCAAACCUUGGAUCUUCGAAGAAAUUCAAGCCGGUCAAUACUUGGACAAAUCGUCCUCUGAGCGACUAGCGUAUAUUGAGCGCUUCGUGAAGCACGGCCUUGAGGCAUGGGGAUCUGACGAGCACGGAAUCGGAACCACGAGACGAUUCUUGCUGGAAUGGCUGAGCUUUACUUGCAGAUAUGUUCCGGUCGGUAUCCUGGAAUACCUCCCGCCCAAGAUCAAUGACCGGCCCCCUGCAUGGAGAGGCCGUGAUGACCUGGAGACACUGCUCUCAAGCGACAACUAUCUUGACUGGAUCAAAAUUUCUGAAAUGUUCCUUGGUCCAGCAGACAAGGACUUCAAAUUUACUCCCAAGCACAAGUCAAACAGCUACGAUGUUGCGGAAGGCAGCCGAGAUAUGUCACUGCUGCUGGAUCCCGCUGGACAGGUACAGGUGAAUGUUGACGAUGAAGCCGGCUUGAAUGCCGUCUAUAUAAACCCCCUGAAUUCCCCCAACUUCCCAAAUCCUUUUCUCUUCCUUUUUUAUUUCCAACCACACGAAACUUCCUCCCUUCCUCCCUCUCCCUACUGGGGUUGCAGCAUCACUCUGCAUGUCCAUGAAAUUGACCACUUGCCGUGCUUGUUGCUGCUUCGACCAGCAGUAGAACAAUGCCCUGCAACUCCUUGUUUCCCAGGGGAUUCUGCCUUCUUCAGGCACAUAGAUAUCAAUAUACCCGAAUGCAUUCGCUCUGGUCACGGAGGCAGCAUGAUUCAAGGGUCUCUUUCUCUGGACGAUGCACAUCCCGAAGACUGCACAGAGGUCUUGUCUGGCAUGCACAAAGACCAGGCUCCGGUCCCCUAUUCAGCAGGAAGAGUUUGA